ACCUUAAAGAUAAAGAUGUUCUGUCGAAAUCGGAUCCAAUGUGUGUUCUCUAUACUACACAAUUGGGAUCAAAACAAUUUAAUGAGUAUGAAAGGACAGAACAGGUCAAAGACAACCUUAAUCCUGAUUUUGUCCAUAAAUUCAACAUGACCUAUCUCUUUGAAGAAUGCCAAAGACUCAAAUUUGAAAUAUAUGAUGUAGACUCACCAAAAUCUACUCUGAAUACCCAUGAUUUUCUUGGAAAGCUUGAGACCACACUGGGAGAAGUCCUAGGCUCAAUGAACAAUAGAUUGGAAAGAGAUCUCAAAGACAAUGAUAACAAAUCUUGUGGAAAAAUAAUAGUAACAGCAGAAGAAGUUGGUGAUUGCAAGGAUGAAGCCCUCCUUAAUUUCCGAGGAAGGAAACUUGAUAAGAAGGAUUUCCUGGGAAAGUCAGACCCAUUUCUUGUAUUCUACAAGUUCAAUAGUGUUGGAAGUUAUACAAUAUGUCAUAAGACUGAAGUUAUCAAGAACAACUUAGAUCCAGUUUGGAGACCCUUCUCACUCAUGGUUAGAACUCUGUGUAAUGGUGAUCUUGAAAGAACCAUCAAGGUCGAAUGCUAUGACUGGGAUAGUGAUGGAAGCCAUGAUUUGAUUGGUGAAUUCAAGACAAACAUGAAACAACUGUCUGAAGGCAGAGGAUCAUUUGAGCUCAUUAAUCCAAAGAAAGCUGCAAAGAAGAAAGGAUACAAGAACUCUGGUACAAUUGAACUUGUGAGUUGUUCUGUGCAGAAGAAAGCUAGUUUCUUAGACUAUAUAUCGGGAGGAAUGCAGAUCAAUUUCACUGUGGCAAUAGACUUCACUGCUUCAAAUGGCAAUCCCAAUCGAACCAACUCGCUACAUUACAUCAAUCCCUAUAGUCCUAAUCACUAUGAACAAGCCAUCACAGCAGUAGGAGAAAUCAUCCAAGAUUAUGAUUCAGAUAAACUCUUUCCAGUUCUUGGUUUUGGUGCUAAGAUACCUCCUAAUGGACAGGUUUCACAUGAAUUCCCUGUGAACUUCAAUGCUCAGAACCCUUUUGUAGUGGGACUCCAUGGUAUCCUUCAGUCAUAUAAGUCCUGCAUUUGUCAAGUUCAGCUUCAUGGUCCUACCAACUUCUCACCAGUCAUCAAUCAUGUAGCAAAAUUUGCCCAGCAGUAUCCAGAUGGUUCUAAUUAUUUCAUUCUUCUGAUCAUCACUGAUGGUGUUAUAUCAGAUAUGGAGAUGACCAAGAUGUCUAUCAUAAAUGCAAGCAAGCUACCCAUGUCCAUCAUCAUUGUAGGAGUUGGCCCUGCAGAAUUUGAUGCUAUGGAGGAGUUAGAUGCUGAUCAGAAGGCUUUAUCAUUCCAAGGUCAUGUAGCACAGAGAGACAUUGUGCAGUUUGUGCCAUUCCGUGAUUACAUCAAUGCAAAUGCAGGGAAUGUGGAUCUGAGUCAGGCAAAGCUUGCCAAGGAUGUGUUAGCUGAAGUUCCAAACCAGGUAUUAGCCUUCAUGAAGAGUAAAGGAAUACCUCCUAAAGAUGUUCCAGCGUCACACCAAUCUCUAAAUGCUGCUACACCCACCGUGCCUCCCACUCAAUAGACUCAAUUCAGAUUGAUUCAAUUAUACACAGACACCCAACCUCUGGCAUUUCCUAAAUUUAAUAUUCUCCCGUCUGGACUUCUUGACAAUUUGGAUAUUUGAUUGCCCAAACUCCCAAAUACAUCAUGACUGCACUGCACAUUAAAUGAUCACACAUCUCUAGGAUUGUAGAUGGUUAAUUUGAUGCCUUAUUUAUAUAGUAAACCUGAAUGAAUUGUGACCAAAACCAAUAAUAAGUUGACUUGGAAGGUUCUCUGUAAAUAGCAAAAAUAGUGAUUUAGUCUUCAAAAAGCAAAAAUGUUAGGUUAGCUUAUUUGAAAGAAUAACUCUUCUUCUUCAUACUGUCAAAAUUUCAAGUCUUACAGUUGUAUAGAAAACAAAAUACAAGAGUUUCUUUGACACAUAUUUUUUAAGACUGCUUGGAAAUUUUAUUGAAUUCACACAGGGUGUACUUUCAUGCUUGAAUGAACCCUGAACUUCAAACAUUGUUUUGUCCUCUUUCUAUGAAUCUGUCACUUAGUUUCGUCUACAUUCAAUCAAAUACUCUUGUAGGUUAUUGUUGAUCAAUUUUGAUAAGUUACAUAUCAUUUUAAAGUUUGGGAUGUGCUUUUUCAAACUUGAUAAGAAUCUUAAUUUUAAUUUUAGGUGACUUAUUGUUGCUUUUGGGGUAACAGGUCACAAUUUAUGUUUGAAUGAUGAAUUGAAUUCUUUUAAAUGAAAAAUAAGCAGAAAACAAUAGAGUUAAAACACAUCUAUAUGAGGAGAUUUAAACGCGACCCGGAGAGAGAUUCUGUAAGCUGGAGAUAUGCCUUAAGGUGAAGAUUUGUAGUUUCUUAAUACAUGCACAUGAACAUUUUUAGCAGUUGUUCUUUUUUUAAGGAUUUAUACUUAUAGCUGUAUUUAAAGUUGAUCAACUGAGCUGAACAAUCAUAGUGCAAAUGAAAAUCAACUUUAUGAUAUGUACUAACAAUCUAAAACAAACCAUUAAUCAGCAUUAUUCAUUUACAUGGUACUUGCUGAUGGAUAUUAAUAAUGAACAUCAAUCACAAACAAGCAUUUAUAUUACUCUUGUAUACAAAUUUAUGUGUUGAAAUAUUGUAACAUAGUUGUUUUUAUAGAGAUAUUUAUGCAGUAUUGGUGUCCUUUCUAUCUUGUCAUGCAUUUAUAUCUGUUUAUGCUUUUUUAUACUCUUACUGGUACCGCUUUUCAUGUGUCUUCAAUUUUAUCACUCGUUUUUUCAGUCUUUCAUAAUUAAAAAAUAUGUCAUAAGAAUAUAUUUUGCACAAUAUCACAUCAUGUUUAUUGAGGUUCAUCUUAAAUUCAGCUUGGAUGAGCAAAUAUUCAUUUAAGCCUCUUUGGCCCGAAUUCACAAAGGUGGUUUUGAAAACCCACGGUUGAGUCCAUGGUUUAUGCAGAUUUCCUGUAUAAAUUACGCUUAAUUUAGCGCGUAUCUGGUGUGUGUAUGAAAAAUGUCCAAUUCUGAUGCGCGCUUUUGUCACAGUGCGCCAAAUUGACGCCUGUUACCAUGGUUAGAUACGCUAUUUUAUUCAUGAGUCCACUGUUUGAAGAGUGGACUCAUGAAUAAAAACAGUGGACUCAUGAAUAAAAAAGCGUAUCUAACCAUGGUAACAGGCGUCAAUUUGGCGCACUGUGACAAAAGCGUGCAUCAGAAUUGGACAUUUUUUAUACACACACCAGAUACGCGCUAAAUUAAGCGUAAUUUAUACAGGAAAUCUGCAUAAACCAUGGACUCAACCGUGGGUUUUCAAAACCACCUUUGUGAAUUCGGGCCUAUGUGUUUGGCCCUAAAUGGGAAGUUCACCCUGGUAUUGUUUGAAAGAAAUUGUUAAAACAUAUCAAUCAAGGAUUUGAUGAAAAUCUGUUAAAAAUAACAGAAUUAUCGAUUAUCAUAUUUAAUUUUGUAACAUCACAUGUGAAGAUCUUCCCCAUAUUUCAUAUUUAUAUGAAUUCAAGUUCCAUAUUCUAAUAAAAUUGAAAAUGUUUUAACCUAUACAGUCAAUGGAAUUAGAAACAUUUCAAGCUUUAAAAUGAUUGAAAGCAAGAUCGGAAACAUAUUUACUGUGUUGAUGUCUGAAAUAUAACAUUCAUAUGUUAUACAAUAAAUGAAAUAUCAGUUCUCCUUUAUUAGUUUUUUGAAAUGGUGACUUUAAUAUGUUAGAUACAGGAAGUUAUUAAUGUAUCAACUCAUUACUAUUACUCUUCAUUUGUAUAAUGCAGUGUUUCCUUUUAUAUGAAAUGGAAUAAGACUAAGUAAAAUGUAAAUUUGUCAUUAGUAUUGUUUUAUGGUACAUAUGUUGAUUGUACAGACAUGUUGACUUAUUAGUUCACGCAUUAGAUUACCCAGAAAUUAUAAAGAUAUAUAUCAUAAAUAAUGUUCCAUGCCAGUGAUCAAUGCCAAUGAUCAAUGGCAGCUCCAGGAGCUUUAUUGAUAUGUAUAUGUGUUCAACUAAUGAUUCUUGAAAAAUAGAGGUGUCAUAUUAUGUCCCUUACAUCCCUGCAGGAUCCACCACUAAUGUUCAUAACUUUAUAAUAUAAGACUUUAACCCUUAACUCUAUACAAAUGUGUCAUUUUAAGCUCAAACCUAAUUAAUUCAUCUCUUUAUGCACAUACAUCUCAAAAGGACUGCCUAAGAAAUGGGCGAAUGGGCCAUGUUCUUCCUUCUGCAGUCCCCAAAUAUUUCAAUAUUGAAAAAUGUGCCUGUUUCUUUCUACUAUUUCAAUUUAUGAAUUUUUAUACCGCAAUUUUUGUUUUUCUGAUUUUGUUUUUUAUGUUAAAUACACAUUGAAUUUUAUGAUGGAGUGGAUUAAGAAUGAAAUGCAUUAUUUUGUAUUAUAAAACGGGUUCAAGAUGUAACCAAUAGCAAGUGUGUGUGGAAGUCACGUUUCCAGGCUUUAAUUCUAUGGAACCUCUCAGCCAUGCAUUUUUUGUACAGCACUGUGUUUUGGAUGCAUCAUUUUACCAUCAGAGUGUGAAAACCAUUGCGCCAUCUCAAAAGACGAGUUCUUCCAAAGAAUAGGCUAUUGUAAACAACAAAUAUCAAAAUACAUUAAAUUUUGUAAUUGUACAGAAGAUGAGGUACGUACAUAUAUUUAAAGAAAUAAUAAAUGUAUAUUAUGUCGGGAAAAUAUGGUUCUAUGUUGAUAUGUAAUAGUAUUGUUGCUACAGUGUAAAUUGACUUUUAUACUUUCUCUUAGAUGUAUUAAAGAAGAUCAUGUUAUAGUAGAAAGUUAUUGGAAUGAGAUAGUGAAAGAGGAGUUAUGAUAGUGAUUUAUUGUAAAAAAAUGUCUAUAAAUAUUUUGCAAUGGCAGUAUAAUGUGCAUUCAUAUAUCAGUCUUUUAAAACUGCCAUAUUAUCUACUUGUAGGUAGGCUGAAUCACACUCUAAAAAGCUUAUUGAUACUAUCACAAUUCUAAUUUAUCAUACUUUAUAUACUUGUACGAGACACUAAAAAAAAAACCACAAUGUGAUGUGAUUUAUUGAAGACAGUACUUUUUUGUUUCAUUUUGUCAGCCCCAGUAAGUGUCCUUCAGCCUUUCUGAGUAAACAAAUGAACUGCUGUUUCAACUCUGAUAAUAUUUUAACAUAUUUGUUGAUGUCUUUCACCCAAAAUAAAAUUGCCUUUCUUCUUAAAACUAAAAA